AUGAGGGCUGAUUUGAUAGAUAACUUUGGCAUCGAGGCAACUAACAGACGGUUAUGGAAAGCAAGACGGAAGGCAAAAGGAGAUGUUGGUGGUGGUUAUGUACACUCCUAUGCAAAUUUACGGAGAUAUGCUACUAUGAUUCAUAGCACUAACCCUAGAAGUGUUGCUAAUGUACAGAGCCAACUUGUGCCAGUCAAUAUAGAUGAUGAUGGAUGUCAUCUAAAAGGGUCAUACAAAGGCAUCUUCUUGGCUGCUGUGGGGGUUGAUGCAAACCACCACUUCUACCCCCUUGCUUAUGCAAUUGUUGAAGUUGAAAACACAGAUAGUUGGAGUUGGUUUUUGGAGUUAUUGAGGGGAGAAAUUGGGGACAGUGCCAGUGGCCAUCCAUGGUGCAUCAUGACACAACUAAGGGAUCUGUUUUGGGAAACAAAUGACACAUCUAAUUUCGACACUUUCAAGCACAUUAUGGACAAGGUAAAAGAAUUCAACUCAAAGGCACAUGAGUGGUUAUCAAAUAUUGACUUCAACCAUUGGACUUUGAGCAAGUUUGACACUAGAGUGAAGGUGAGAGGAAUACCAUGUAUUCAUGCAGCUGCUUGUAUAAGCAAAAUUAGGGCCAACAUAGAAGGUUAUUGCUCACCAUACUUCACCACUGAAAUGUGGAGGAAGAGUUUUAUGGGUGUAAUUCAUCCCAUAGCUGAUGAAUCUAUGCGGUCUGAGUUUGAUGAUGACGAAUUUUUACCUCCUGUCAUAAAGGUUCAAGUUGGGAGCUUAGAGCCAUCUGCUGAGGAGAUGCACUUGUCUGAAGCAGCAUUAGAUCUUUUCUUAACUCAGGAUACUCAGUAG